UUGGUGGCGGCGGCGGCGGCUCGGGGCGCGCGGAGCCUGCAGUCACGGUGGCGCCCGCAGGGACGGAGGAGGGAAUGAGUGAGGAGGAGCAGGGUUCCGGGAUCAUCACAGGCUACGGACUCCCCAGUAUAGAGCAAAUGCUGGCGGCCAGUCCUGGCAAGACCCCAAUCAGCCUUCUGCAGGAGUAUGGGACCAGAAUAGGGAAGACUCCUGUGUACGACCUCCUCAAAGCCGAGGGCCAAGCCCACCAGCCCAAUUUCACCUUCCGAGUCACCGUCGGUGACACCAGCUGCACUGGUGAGGGGGCGUCGGGUGCCCUGGCCAGGGGUCAGGGCCCCAGCAAGAAAGCUGCCAAGCACAAAGCAGCUGAGGUGGCCCUCAAGCACUUGAAGGGAGGAAACAUGUUGGAGCCAUUUCUGGAAGAUGGAAGGAGCCCCCCAGUGGAGGUCAAGGCCCCUGUUUCUCCUCAGCAGUCUGAAUGUAACCCUGUGGGGGCUUUACAGGAGCUGGUGGUACAGAAAGGCUGGCGGCUGCCUGAGUACACAGUGACCCAGGAAUCGGGCCCAGCGCACCGAAAAGAAUUUACCAUGACCUGCCGGGUGGAACGUUUCAUCGAGAUCGGCAGUGGUACCUCCAAGAAACUGGCCAAGCGCAAUGCAGCGGCCAAGAUGCUACUGAGGGUACACACCGUGCCCCUGGACCCCAGGGAUGGGCCUGAGGCUGAGCCUGACGAUGACCACUUCUCCAUCGGUAUUGGCUCCCGAAUGGACAGCCUUCGCGGCCGCAGCCCAGGCUGCACCUGGGACUCUCUCCGCAAUUCGGCUGGGGAGAAGAUCCUGUCCCUGCGAAGCUGCCCCCUGGGCUCCCUGGGCCCUGGCUGUUGCAGCGUCCUCAGUGAGCUUUCUGAGGAACAGGCCUUCCAUGUCAGCUACCUGGACAUCGACGAGCUGAGUUUGAGCGGGCUUUGUCAGUGCCUGGUGGAACUGUCUACACAGCCAGCCACAGUGUGCCAUGGCUCAGCACCCACCCGGGAAGCUGCCCGGGGGGAGGCUGCCCGCCACGCUCUGCAGUACCUCAAGAUCAUGGCUGGGGGCAAGUGAGUUCUCUUGGCCAGACUCCUGGCCGCAGUUGGCUCUCUGUCUACACUCUGCACCCACUGCCGGCUCAGCCCCUCUGCGAUUCAGGGGCUGGGUUUCCAGCUCUGGUGCCUGGUAGAGGUACCUUUUCUACCUCUGAUACAGACUCUGUCUGCCUUGAGGCCUGGGGCUGGGGGGUUGGGGCGUGGGCCUGCACCUUUCCUUGAAUUCCUGUUCAUGUUACUUAUGAAAUUGGGUGAUUGGGGAGAGGCCCCUCCUGUUUGUCUCCUCAGAAUAAACAUGGUUCUCCAACUGCUUUGUUUGUUAA